GCUCAGUAGCUGUCAAGCUGUCGCUGUCAGUCAACAAUUAAUUAAUUAAGGGCUAAGUAGUGUUUUUCUACUCUGAAUUAAUUCUUUUUCGAAAAGCAGACUAAAGUGUGUUAUGGUUUAUAUAGACCUUAUUGCGUAACAUUAAUUUUACCUAGUUGUGUAAAUGUUCUGUUAGCUGAUACACAUCAUCAUGAGUUUGUCAAGUUUUCUCCCUGCACCCAUACAACCAACCUGGGAUAGGGAUGACGAAAGAAGGCAGAGAGAAGCUGAAAAACCUUCAACUGCUUUGGUGAGCGCCCAAAGCAUAGCUCCCCCAUAUGGACAGAGAAGAGGAUGGGUUCCACGUUGUGUUACAGAUUACGGAGAUGGGGGGGCAUUUCCGGAAAUCCAUAUCGCCCAAUAUCCCCUGAAUAUGGGACAAAAGGGACGUGACUCAACUUCAAAUGCUUUAGCUGUUCAGUUAGAUGCUGAGGGAAAAGUGAAAUAUGACAUUUUGGCCAGGCAGGGACACUCGAGUGAUAAAAUAGUUUACUCCAAAUUAUCGGACUUGCUACCGGCAGAGAUGGUUUCUGAAAACGAUGAAAGUUUGAAAAAACCUUCCCAGGAAGAAGUCGAUGAAAUAACUGAAAAAACCAGAUUGGCUUUGAUGAAAUUGACUAAUUCUAAAAUUGCUGCAGCCAUGCCCGUAAGAUGCGCAGAAAGACAAGGCCCAGCCGAAUUCAUUCGUUAUACACCUUCUCAACAAGGCGCGGCGUUCAAUUCAGGUGCUAAACAAAGGAUUAUACGCUUAGUAGAAGCUCAGGUUGACCCGAUGGAACCUCCUCGAUUCAAGAUCAACAAAAAAAUUCCUAGGGGAGCUCCAUCGCCACCACCGCCUGUUAUGCACAGUCCAACCAGGAAAACUACCGUUAAGGAACAGAAAGAAUGGAAAAUACCACCUUGUAUAUCGAAUUACAAGAACGCGAAGGGAUAUACUGUGCCUUUAGAUAAACGUCUAGCUGCUGAUGGUAGGGGACUUCAACAGUCCCAUAUCAACGAAAAGUUUGCUAAGCUUGCCGAAGCUUUGUAUAUUGCGGACAGAAAGGCGCGUGAGGCUGUUGAAACCAGGGCUCAGCUAGAAAAGAAAUUGGCUCAAAAGGAGAAGGAGCAGAAAGAAGAACAUCUUAGGCAGUUGGCUCAGAAGGCUAGAGAUGAGAGAGCUGGUAUAAGGACCGUACCUGUUGAAAAAUUGACAGUGGAAGAAGAACGUGAGCGUGAGUUGCUGAGGCAGGACCGUCACAAGGAGAGAGCAAGGGACCGCAAUCUUGCCAGGGCCGCCCCAGACAAGAGAUCCAAGCUUCAGCGUGAAAGGGAACGUGAUAUCUCUGAACAAAUCGCCUUGGGAAUGCCCGCCAGGGGACAGUCUGGCGAUGUUCAAUUCGACCAGAGGCUCUUCGGUCAAGCUAAAGGUCUUGGGCAAGGAUAUAAUGACGAUGAAGGUUACAACGUGUACGACAAACCUUGGAGGGAAGGUGGAUCCCUGGCUAACCACCUAUACAGACCGAGUAAGAACAUUGACAACGACGUAUAUGGUGAGGACCUCGACAAGAUCAUCAAGACAAACAGAUUCGUGCCAGAUAAGGAGUUCGGUGGCACUGAUCGUAGUGCGGCUGCUUCCAGAUCUGGGCCAGUACAGUUUGAGAAGGAGGAGGAUCCGUUCGGUCUGGAUCAGUUCUUGAGUCAAGCAAAGAGAGCUAGCAAGCGUAAAGAGCCUGAAAAGAGGGACGAUAGGGAUAAGAAGAAACGAAGAGAUUGAAUUGGUCUCCUAGGUCUUGCUGCAUUGCAGACGUUAAGAUUUUGUUUGUAACUGGUAUAAAUCCUGAAAUUAUUCCAUUGUAAAAUAUGUGACAUCAACUGAGUUACAAUAAAAUUCUUUGUAAUCAUAGCUAUAAACAUGAAUUUUAUACAGAAAAUUGUAAAGAAAAAAAUAGAAAAAUAUCAAAA